GUUAAUAGAAUACUACUCCAAUAAUAGUGUUCAAGUUACCACUUCGAUUCUCAAUUUCUCAAUCGCAGAAGUUGAAAUCGAAGAAAGUGUUCAAAGGAAUUAACUGUAAAAAUGGUUCCUCCUCACGGCGAUAAAUUAGCAGAAGUCAAGGAGGAGGCCUCCGCCGUCGUUUCCUCAGUUGAUAACCGCCCUAUCUCCACCGUCGUCUUCAUCAUUGCUAUGCAAACGGAAGCGUUACCUCUUGUUAAGAAGUUCCAGCUUAUUGAGGACCUCAAUUCCGUGUUCCCAAAGGGAGUCCCUUGGAUGCGGUUCUAUGGUAAUUACAAGGGUCUUGCCAUUAAUAUUGUUUGUCCUGGGAAAGACCCAGCAUUGGGGGUUGAUGGUGUGGGCACAGUUUCUGCAUCUCUUGUGACAUAUGCUUCUGUCCAAGCGUUAAAGCCAGACCUCAUCAUAAAUGCUGGCACAGCAGGUGGAUUUGGGGCCAAAGGUGCUUCGAUAGGAGAUGUUUUUAUUUCAUCAGAAGUUGCUUUCCAUGACAGAAGAAUACCAAUCCCGGUAUUUGAUAUAUAUGGAGUUGGUUCGCGGAAGGCUUUUUCUACACCCAAUCUUCUGAAGGAGCUUAACCUGAAGGUUGGCAAGCUGUCUACUGGUGACUCUCUAGAUAUGUCUCCAAUGGAUGAAGCAUCUAUCGUUGCAAAUGACGCAACAAUUAAAGACAUGGAGGGAGCAGCCGUAGCUUAUGUGGCCGAUCUGUUGAGAGUUCCUGCCAUUUUUCUGAAAGCUGUGACAGACAUUGUGGAUGGUGAUAAACCAACACCGGAAGAGUUUUUGGAAAAUCUGUCGGCAGUAACCGCUGCACUUGAUCAAACAGCCACGCAAGUUGUUGAUUACAUCAGUGGGAAAUGCUUACUGGAACUGUGAUCUAAUCUUAUUUCAUCCCGUGCAUGCUUCAGUGGGAAGAACAUAUGAUAUUUGUGUCUAGGCAAUUAUUAGACUUUUGGGCACUGCGAAUGUUACUUUCCUUCGAACUGCUUCUAAACAUAGCUGCUAUUCUGAAACUGUUGUAAAACUAAUGAAUGAGUGUUAAAAUUUUACGGAAACUAUAGUGGGGAAA